CCUCAAAAAUCAGUGACUCCUCCCACCACUUUACGGACGGGGAAACAGGCCCAGAGAAGAGAUAAAAGCCAUACAGCUGUCAAGUGGCAGAGCUGCUACCCGAGAGUCCGGCUGACUAACCUCUCUGAGGAACAGGCAGGAUCACUCGAUGCUGUACUGAGGAAAGACUGAAGGGGCACAUGGACAAAAACAGACACCUGAGCAGGGACUAUGGCAACAGUACAGGGGAGCUGCUGUUGACGCAGCAGACGACUGUGGAGCUGAGCUGUGGAGCAGGGCCCCUGCAAGUGAUACUGGACCCAGAGCAAGCUGUGCUGCUGGACUGUAGUCUGGGGGCUGCUGCUGCCGGACCUCCCACCAGCAUCACUUGGAGCAAGGACAGAGGUGCCCUGCCUGAGCACAGCCAUUUGCACCUCCUACCCAACGGCUCCCUGCGGCUGGCACCCAAUGGCAGUGAUGAGGCAGCUCCUGGGCUCUCGGAGGCCAUCGAGGGCAGCUAUUCCUGCCUGGCGCAUGGUCCCCUCGGAGUGGUGGCCAGCCAGGCUGCGGUGGUCAAGCUCGCCACACUGAGGGGCUUCUCUCUGCACCCGGAGUCUCAGACAGUGGAGGAGAACAGGACAGCUCGGUUUGAGUGCCACAUUGAAGGGCUGCCAGCACCCAUCAUUACUUGGGAGAAGGACCAUGUGACAGUGCCUGAGGAGCCUCGGCUCAUCACCCUUCCCAAUGGGGUCCUCCAGAUCCUGGAUGUUCAGGAGAGUGACACGGGCUCCUACCGCUGUGUGGCCACCAACUCAGCCCGCCAGCGCUUCAGCCAGGAGGCCGUACUCAGCGUGGCUGGCAGAGGGUCCCUGGUGUCCACCAGGGGACAGGAUGUGGUCAUUGUGGCAGCCCCGGAGAACACUACUGUAGUGUCUGGCCAGAGUGUGGUAAUGGAAUGCAUGGCCUCGGCUGACCCUACGCCUUUCGUGUCCUGGGUUCGACAGGACGGGAAUCCCAUCGCCACGGAUGUCAUCGUCCUGGGCCGCACCAACCUACUGAUCACCAGCGCGCAGCCCCAGCACUCGGGCGUCUAUGUCUGCCGCGCUAACAAGCCCCGCACGCGCGACUUCGCCACCGCCGCGGCUGAGCUCCGCGUGCUGGCGGCUCCUGCCAUCUCGCAGGCGCCCGAGGCGCUGUCGCGGACGCGGGCAAGCACGGCGCGCUUCGUGUGCCGCGCGUCCGGGGAGCCUCGGCCCGCGCUGCGCUGGCUGCACAACGGCGCGCCUCUGCGGCCCAACGGGCGCGUCAAGGUGCAGGGCGGCGGCGGCAGCCUGGUCAUCACUCAGAUCGGCCUGCAAGACGCCGGCUUCUACCAGUGCGUGGCGGAGAACGGCGCGGGCACCGCGUGCGCCGCCGCGCCGCUGUCUGUAGUGGUACGAGAGGGGCUGCCCAGCGCCCCAACGCGGGUCACGGCCACGCCUCUGAGCAGCUCGGCGGUGCUCGUGGCCUGGGAGCGGCCCGAGCUGCACAGCGAGCAGAUCAUCGGCUUCUCCCUCCACUACCAGAAGGCACGGGGCGUGGACAAUGUGGAAUACCAGUUUGCAGUGAACAACGACACCACCGAGCUACAGGUUCGGGACCUGGAACCCAGCACUGAUUAUGAGUUCUACGUAGUGGCCUACUCUCAGCUGGGGGCCAGCCGCACUUCUGCCCCAGCACUGGUCCACACGCUUGAUGAUGUCCCCAGUGCAGCGCCCCAGCUCUCCCUGUCCAGCCCCAACCCCUUGGACAUCAGGGUGGCGUGGCUGCCCCUGCCUCCCAGCCUGAGCAAUGGGCAGGUGGUGAAGUACAAGAUAGAGUACGGUUUGGGAAAGGAAGCAGAUCAGAUUUUCUCCACUGAGGUGCUGGGGAAUGAGACACAGCAUACCCUGAACUCGCUGCAGCCCAACAAGGUGUAUCGAGUCCGGAUUUCUGCUGGCACAGGGGCUGGCUAUGGGGCUCCCUCCCAGUGGAUGCAGCACAGGACACCCAGCAUACACAGCCAGAGCCACGUCCCUUUUGCCCCUGCAGAGUUGAAGGUCCGGACAAGGAUGGAGUCCCUGGUCGUGUCGUGGCAGCCCCCGCCUCACCCUGCCCAGAUCUCUGGCUACAAACUGUACUGGCGGGAGGUGGGGGCCGAGGAGGAGGCCGACGGUGAGGGCCCCCCUGGGGCCCGUGGAGACCAGGCUUGGGAUGUGGGGCCUGUCCGGCUCAAGAAGAAAGCGAAGCAGUAUGAGCUGACCCAGCUCGUUCCUGGCAGGCUGUACGAAGUGAAGCUCGUGGCAUUCAACAAACAUGAGGAUGGCUAUGCAGCAGUGUGGAAGGGCAAGACAGAAAAGGCUCCCACCCCAGACCUGCCCAUCCAGAGGGGGCCACCCUUGCCCCCCGCCCAUGUCCAUGCAGAAUCAAACAGUUCCACAUCCAUUUGGCUCCGGUGGAAAAAGCCAGACUUCACCACAGUCAAGAUUGUCAACUACACUGUGCGCUUCAGCCCCUGGGGGCUCAGGAACGCCUCCCUGGUCACCUAUUACACCAGCUCUGGAGAAGAUGUCCUUAUUGGGGGGCUGAAGCCAUUCACCAAAUACGAGUUUGCAGUGCAGUCCCAUGGCGUGGACGUGGAUGGGCCUUUUGGCUCCGUGGUGGAGCGCUCCACCCUGCCUGACCGGCCCUCAACACCCCCAUCUGACCUGCGCCUGAGCUCCCUGACGCCGUCCACCGUUCGGCUGCACUGGUGCCCCCCUACAGAGCCCAACGGAGAGAUCGUGGAGUAUCUGAUACUCUACAGCGAUAACCACACCCAGCCUGAGCACCAGUGGACCCUGCUCACCACGGGGGGUAACAUCUUCAGUGCAGAGGUACGUGGCCUGGAGAGCGACACUAGGUACUUCUUCAAGAUGGGGGCACGCACAGAGGUGGGACCUGGGCCCUUCUCAGGCCUGCAGGAUGUGAUCACUCUCCAGGAGAAGUUCUCAGACUCCUUGGACGCGCACUCGGUCAUAGGCAUCAUUGUGGGUGUCUGCCUGGGCCUCCUCUGCCUCCUGGCCUGCAUGUGUGCUGGCCUGCGCCGGGGCCCCCACAGGGAAGCCCUCCCGGGCCUGUCCUCCACUGCCACCACUGGGAAUCCUGCACUGUAUUCCCGGGCCCGCCUUGGACCCUCCAGUCCCCCACCUGCCCAUGAAUUGGAGUCCCUUGUGCACCCCCGUCCCCAGGACUGGUCUCCACCACCCUCAGACAUCGAGGACAGGGCUGAAGUGCACAGCCUUAUGGGUGGUGGCGUUUCUGACUGCCGGGGUCACUCCAAGAGAAAGAUCUCCUGGGCGCAGCCAGGUGGACCAAACUGGGCAGGCUCCUGGGCAGGCUGUGAGCUACCCCAGGCAGGCGCCAUGCCCUCUCUGACCCAGGCCCUGUUGCCCCCUGCUGGAACUGGGCAGACGUUGUUGCUUCAGGCUCUGGUGUAUGAUGCCAUAAAGGGCAACGGGAGAAAGAAGCCACCCCCGGCCUGCAGGAAUCAGGUGGAGGCUGAUGUCAUUGUCCACUCCGACUUCAGUGCAUCUAAAGGGAACCCUAACCUCCACCUCCAUGACCUGGAACCUGAGGAUCCCCUGCCUCUGGAGGCCCCCGACCUCACUUUGGGUGCUAUAGAUCUAGGGCAAGGGGAAGGCUGGCUGGACAGGCACCUGGGAGAGUGUGAGCGGGCAACCGCUGGGCCAGAUAGACUUACCUGCCUGCCAGAGGCAGCCAGUGCUUCUUGCCCUUACCCGGACCUCCAGCCCAGUGAGACUCUGGAAGAGUCUAGGAAUAGCUUCCAGCCAACAGCUCCUGCCCUCUAGGAGCCAGCCCAGGCCUGCCCAGAGCCCCAGUGCCCUCCUCUACUUAGCUCCCCUAGAGGGUGCAGUUUGGGACAGGCUGGUAUGGAUCACGGGACAUGGCACGUAUGGCCAUGCAUGUACAUGUGUGUGCGUGUGGAUACUGAACAUCAUCAAGCCAUUUGGAGCCUCCCAGGGUGCUUUGGCUGGGGGAGAGGGAGAAAUGAAUCAUUCACUCCCUCCGUUCUCUGUGACACAUGAUAUGUGAGAGACACAUGAGGCACAGCUCUGCGUGAUGUGCACAUGUGUGGAGCACGUGAGUUUGCACCUGGACCUCAGUCCAGGCCAUGGUCACUACAGCCUCAUUGAUCCUCCAGGUUAGGAUAGUGCCCCAGAGUGGUCAGUCCCCAGCCCCGCGGGCCCCCCAUGUCCACCACCCAGCCUUUUAUUACACACUCUGAGAGUGUCUCCAGUGUCCUGUCUGACAAAGACAGCCCCAGUCCGUUUUCCUGUCCAGCUGGGCUGAGAGCAAGCAGGCUCUGAAUGCCUAACCUUUAGCUGCACCGCCCCCCACCUCCUGUGCCCCCAGUGCCCAAGUUGAGAUGGUGACUGGCUCACCUCAGAGCAACGCUGCAUUUCAUUUUGCGAUUUGGGAAGUGCCUGCUUUUGAGAACCUGCCUUCUCUUGCUCUCCCCGCCUUCCUUCCCCUGCACUACUCUGUGGGCCAUCCGUCUCUGGGCCUAGUGCCCUGCUCUUCCUCCCUGAUGCACUUUCUUUCCCUCUCUGCUCUUCCUCUGUCCCCUCUGUCUGUCCCUGAUGCCUCUCACACCUCUCCCAGACUGUGUCAUGUGGUCCCCCUCCCUGGAUUCAAUCUCUGCAUCCUUCCCUGACAACAUGACUACCUCAUGUCUGCUUCAAGGCCAAAGCAUGACUCCUGUGUCCACCUGCUCACUUCGCAUGUCCUCCCCAUGCCUCCUGGUGCCCCAUCCCCGAUCAGACUGCCCACUCCCAGUGCAAGUCUGGAAAAGACCUUCCAACUUCCCUGGCAUCUCUCUCCCCGGGAUUGAGAUAGGAGGGUUCUCCUCAGAGGUGAUGAAUCCAAGCCACAUGAAGACUCUUUGAGACAGGGAAAGGGGAAUGUGACCCCGAGGCUCAGGAUAAAAUUACUGUCUCCCUUCUAUGUAGGGAGACAGUUUUGCUGGAUAGAGGGAUUGGGACCUUCCCAGCUGAAGCUAAAGGAGGGAAGGGAAGUGGGAAUUAGGGGCACUGCAGCAGGCUGCUCCCCACUCUGUGCACCUUGAACAUGAGCUGAUGGGGUGGGAGUGAGAGGAGCUCACCCUGUGAGGUGCUGGAAGAGAGGUCUUUGCACAGGACAAGGGUAAUUGGCUCAUUUCAUUUUGUUUUUUCUUUACAUUUAAUCCUGAAGUCAUUUUCUGGUGAUCCACCUCACAGGGACAGGCUUGACUUUCAUUUCCUGUGUAGCAAAAACAUUGUCAUUUAAUUUUGCACCUCACCCUCUCAUAGGAGCAUAGAAUGUGGGGGUCUUUUCUCUCUAAAUGACUCUUUUUAACUGAUCAGCACAUCAAGGGUUAACUCUGGCUUCUGGGCCAAAUUAGAAAUAACCAGUCUUUCUUUUUUUUUUUUUUAAACGGUGAAAUGUCUCUCAGUGGAGUUGCAGCUUCCUCAGACCCUUUCAGCAUCUGUGUUUAUUAUACUCGGGUGUCAGUCAUGUUUGACAUCCGCACCUACAUUUCCUCCCCCUCUUCUCCUUCAACCAGCCCAUGAUAACACUAAAGAUUAUUAAUGUCGGUUUGUAUCUUGUUAAGGAUGGAAUUGUCACUUGUGCUAUUUCUGUAGCAUUCGGCGUUGCUGUGGCUAACACCAUUGUAUGUUUCAUCAUUGCUCUGAAGGUCAAAAGCCUUGUUUUAUUUUGCUGGUUUGAUUUUUUUUUUUUCCAAAGAAAAAACUGCCUGGAUUAAAUGGCUGUUUUAACAGUAGGCUCUUAGCAUUACACCGCAUAGUCAUUUUUCAUGUUCUUGUUUAACAGGCACUGAGGUUCUGGUUUAAAUUAAAUAGCUGCAAAUGAGACAAUUUAUAACCCAUUAGGUUGGGUGGAAAAUUGUUUCUCAAAAGCAAAUAAGUAAUAAAUCUGGUAUCUGCCUAUAACUCACAGUUGAUAAGAAAGUGGCCAUUACUCACUAGCAUUAUAUAUGAUUUGGGCUCUGGGUAAUUUAGAAGUGUUAGGUUUGUGUCUUUGUAGGAGUAUUUUUAUUAGAAAAGAGUCUAUUGGCCUUUUACAGGGUAUUAAUCCCUUUGUCACCUACCAUUGAUGCCUUAUGUUUUUUGAGUCUCAUUUUAAAACCUUCCUUUUCUUGAUGCAUGACAAGUGUAAUCGGUACCUGCUCAUUUAGUUGUAUUUAGUUUAUGCUAUAUUAUUUAAUUAUUUUUCCAGCAUUUUUUUUUGUUACUUACAAAUAUGAUAUUCUUUAGUGUUAAGCCAAGGCAUUCAUCAUGUAUCUGUCCCUGUAAUGAAUCAAUAAACUAUUUU